AGGAACAGGAGGCCCACCAGGCACAGGAGGUCCACCAGGAACAGGAGGUCCACCAGGCACAGGAGGUCCACCAGGCACUGGAGGCCCACCAGGCAAAGGAGGUCCACCAGGAACAGGAGGUCCACCAGGCACAGGAGGUCCACCAGGUACAGGAGGUCCACCAGGAACAGGAGGUCCACCAGGCAGAAGAGGUCCACCAGGGACAGGAGGUCCACCCGGACAGAAGGGAAUGAAAGGAAUGAAAGGACUUCCUGGAGGGGGAAAGGGAUCUAAGGGAAUGAAAGGUAUGAAAGGCGACAGAGGGCUACCAGGUUUGAAAGGGAUGAAAGGCAUGAAAGGCAACAGAGGGACAGGUUCCAAAGGAAUGAAGGGCGAUAGAGGGAUGCCGGGUUUCAAUGGGAUUAAAGGGAUGAAAGGCGACAAAGGGAGAAGAGGCAACAGAGGAAUGAAAGGCAACAGAGGGAUGAAAGGCAACAAAGGGAGGAGAGGUAACAGAGGGAUGAAGGGCUCCAAAGGAUCCCCAGGAAUGAUACUAAUCCUACCAAACAGAGGCCGGACGACCCCAGCUGGUCUACCUUUUGGAACAGGCCGUGGUACCUUAGGAGGCUUCCAAACCAGUGCAGGUUUCGGUACAACCGCGAGCGCCGGAAACACUCCGCGUUUUGGACAGAACAACAGGGGGCUCACCAUAUUUAGGAACCAAAAUUUCGCUGCAACCCGUUCAUCCGUCUUAAAUACAGGGAUCUUCGGACAGAACUUUGGACAAAACUUUAGACUAAACCUUGGACAGAACUUUAGACUUAACGUUGGAGGGACCACAACGAGAGGACCAAAUAUUUUCAGAUUCCCCCUAUUUAACAGGCUGCAAUCUGAAUCCAAAGGCAUCCAGAAAAAUACUCAGAAUAUCAGGUCAGUGGAAACAAAUGUGAACAACGUUGUCGCAGUAACAAUCACGCUGGCAGUAGCGGUCGUGGUGCUGCUGGUGGUGAUUGUUGUCGUGUGGAGAAGAGCAGCGAGGAUCAAGGAGACGUUACAGGAGAAAUUACAACAAGAAAUAUCUCAGCUACAAGAACAAAUAGCCAACAUUGAACCAGCUACACAUAACAGCGACGGCGACAGUUCAAUAGUGUAA